CCACUGCGAGCUUAACAUAGAUGUUUUCUCUCUGUUUCUGUAACUACAAAAGCCGCUAGGCUGCAAAAUCAAAGGCAGUCACUCACAACCACAGCCAGUGAUUAAUACUUGGCCACGAAGGCAUUCGCUAUCACCAAUAGACUUUGACCUCAGCUAGCAACAACAAACAUUCCAGUGAAUACAACACAAACAAACGAACAGCUAUAUUUAACAAAAUGGAACAAAAUCAAAAUAUCGUUCAAAUGACCAACGAUCAACUGCAGUCACUAUUAGAGUCGGUACGUUUAGCCGCCAUGGCAGGCGCUCCAGCCAACAUCCAAGCCAAAGGCAGCUUUAGCAACUGUAGCAGCUGCUUUGGUGGUCAGCGCGACCAUGAGAUCGUCGAGGAGUUCAUCACCUCCAUUGUUACCUACAAAGAAAUCGAGUCGAUCAGCGAUGAAGACGCACUUAAGGGACUAUCUUUACUGUUCUAUGGUCUGGCGUCCACUUGGUGGCAAGGCGUGCGCAGAGAAGCGAAAACUUGGAAAGAAGCCAUUGCAUUGAUUCGCGACCACUUUUCGCCCACCAAACCCGCCUACCAGAUUUACAUGGAGAUCUUCGAAAAGAAACAGGACGACCGUACUGCUAUUGAUACGUUCAUCUGCCAUAAGCGCGCUUUACUUGCUCAACUGCCAGAGGGACGUCACGACGAGGAAACCGAAUUGGAUUUGGUCUAUGGUCUGCUGAACAUCAAGUAUCGUAAGAACAUUCUACGCCAAGACAUUAAGACGUUCCGCGAAUUACUUGAGAAGUGCCGUAUUAUCGAAAGCAAUGACUUGGAAUCAGAGGAAGUUCCACCGGUUCCAGUGCGUGAUUUCAAACGUCCUAAACGCUGUACAUAUUGUAACUUCCGAGGUCACACAUUCGAAGAGUGUCGAAAGCGCAAAAUUGCGACUGAUCAAUAAAUACAACCAAACUUCGCACUGCAACAGCUUCCUAACCAGGUAUUCCUGGAACCACCUACGUACGAUAACUACCAUAUACACACACAACAACAAACAAUGGACAAUGACAUCAUCACUUAGUGACGUCUCAAUCUGAGCAGCUUACGCCGGUACCGUAUUACUGAAGCAAAACUUUCGCUCUCUCCAACGAAGCGGAGAAACAGCGCCCAACGGUGUUGAUUUGUUGAUGAAUAGCGGCAACAACAGCAACAAAACUAUUUAGACUUAGUAUUAGUAUAUAAAUUCACAUAUACAUUCAUAGAAAUAAUUAUUGUGAGUUUGAGUUGUUCUUUGCCCCUACAAAACUAUUGGAAAUUUUAUGUGGAAGGGGAAAGUUUUCUAUGCACUUUAGCGGUGCUUUGAUUGCUUUGUCUUAAAUGCGUUAUUAUUUCCAAUAGAGAUGUACGGAGUGAAGGCAUCUUGGAUUCACGAAUGUCUUUCAUCCAACCGCAAACGCGAGUUUACGCUGUGUCAAACACGGCUCCAGAUGGCUACGAACGCCAGCAAUGGAGUUCCUUCAUAGCCGAACAGUAUUUAUAUCUCGAGCCACAAUUCGAACCAGCCAUACUUCAACAAUAUUGGUGACAAUUUGCUUUAUCUCAGAUUUCGUACAAUGAUCAAGUUUUUUUUUUAAUCGGAAGUUGUAGUGAUCUUAUUCUAUACUAGCCAUGAGGUUGGACACUUGUGAGCAUAUCAUAGUAGCUAGCAUCUCUGCGGACAUUCCGGUGGCUCAAUAUGAACCUACAAGUCUCACCUUUGGGAUACAAUAGAAAGUGACGACUAACUUUCGGUCGAAGAAAAACGUUUGAUUUAUUGUGUGAGUUGUUGGGAUCCGAAGCAGAUUGCUCCCUUUAUGAAGAUGACUGAGGAGAUGAGUACUCGAAACAUCGCUGCAUUUGCCUGUUGGUGACAGUGGUUAAAUAGGCAUUCAGUGAGAGUUUGUGGUGUGACAAAACCGAAACUCACUUGCAAGUUUUUUUUAAACGUUUUAAUACUUUUAUAUUUACAUUUUUGUAAUGAUAUCGAAAAAUUGUACAACAAUGGGAUCGAGAUCGUCAUUCGCCAACUGAUUUGCACUCCUUCAUUUACUCAACUCUACGGCUUAGAUUCGCCGCUCAUUUCGCCUCCGGAAAUGUUCCGAUAGUCUUGGCUCUCUCAAAGAGACACAGAAAUUUUUCGUGUUGCAGUUUUCAGUUUAUUCAGAUUAUUCACUAGUGUGAUUUACCGAAAGCAUUAAAAUCUGGAGGAACUGAUCCGUAUUUCGGUUCAAAUGCGGUUGGUAGUAUCACCAGCUAAAGGUUUAGCGAGGGCACUACAGUCUGAGCAUAAACAUUCGAGGUCACAAGGGAACUAUGCAUUUAAGACUGCCUUAUUUAAAUAUUUGUAAUAUUACAUCACCCAAUUCUAAGUUUGGAAAAAGAAGAAGAAGCAAAAGAUUUAGUAGAUAGAAAAAUAAAAGAAGUCUGACUAAUUUAUAUAUUUAAA